UUAAUAAUCAUUGGUUACGGUACCACUGGAAGCUCCAUGAUGAACAUAACCAACGAUAAGACCAUGUACAAUGUGCCGGAUACCACCCUUAUACAAGUUGACUUUGGAGCCAUUGGCGAUCUUUUGAAAGUCCGAUUUGAAGUGGAUGGAGCUGUUCAAAACUACGAAGGAAAGGUGUUCGGUGGUGACAUGCGUCUACUCAAGGACAACUCGCUACAGGCUCAACUUAUCGGUGACUUCAGCGACAGUGGCGUUUUCCCGCUGAUCUAUAAUGCUAAUAAGAAGGAAGUAACCAACUGCCUUUCAGGACAAGCGAUUCUGGAAGGUUUCUCAGUUCUGCAGGAUAUCUGGGAUAAACACGUGGGCAGCGUAGAAACAGCUGGAAAUGUAAUUUUUGCAGCUGACCAACAAAAACUUAAAACUUGA